UGGGAAGUACGAGUGCAUCAAGGAAGUUCUCCUUUUUUUUUUUUUUGAGCCGCUAACUUUUAUUUUUUUUUUGCAGCGUGCAAAUCGAAAAAAAAGACCCCAAAUAGACUGAAAAUGAUCAAGUAUGGUCAUUAUUUGUGUUUAUUUUUACUACGCAUGGACGUGCCACUUUUGUACACAAUGCAGACGGUCCCUGGAUGACAUUGUCGAUAGAAGUAGUUAACCUAAUGGCCAUAAUAUUAGGUACACCUGCAACGAAAUGACAUUAAGAAAAAGUGCUUCCAUGAUAAAUUAUGCGUUUUUAAAUAUAGAAACGUGUUUAUUGCACUGUCAGAGAGUUAUUGAGUUAAAUAUGUAAUUUCGAAUUGAAACAUUAUACGGGUGGUUUGUAGUUACAGUGAUAUACGAGAAUAACUACAAAAACAGUGGUUGUCAAACACCAACAAAAACGUUUCAUGAAUGUAUAAUAUUGCGCAAUUUCUAAAUGUUUUCUUUGCUGCAAACAAAGAACUUGCAAAGUUGAGAUACCGUACAAUAAGUCAGCUCAAUUAUUAGAACACAAGGAUGUCAAUAGACUGCCAAUGAUUUCAGUUUUUUUCCGAUUAAUUUACGUAUAAUUUUAACUAAGUCAUUCAUUUCCCUCAUUAACCUUUAAUAAACGUGUUGUACAAAAGUUUACUGGAACAAUUUUAAGGACUUCCAUUUCUCCCUGUCACUGUUGUGUUUGUAUCUUGUUUUAAUUAGUGUUAAUGUAUGCAGAGCUGUAGAGUGGCUGUAAAAAGCGAACACAAGUACAGGUCUUCCAAAUGAAAGCCUUACUCAUCACCACUGAGAGCGCCGAAGUCCUCUUCCACUGGACUGACCCUGAGUUCCAGCACAAUAUCCAGCAACAGUAUGGCGCGGCCCAGGAGGAAGGCCAGAGGCUUCCAGAUUUUGAAGAUAGCAUCAGCACUUUGUUGGCCCCCAUCAUCAUCUCCUGCAGCUCGAUGGUCGACCGGCUGGGGGACAGCUACACUUGCUUCACCACGGAGAACAAUCACAUCUAUGUACUACACCAGUUUGACGAGUGUCUCUACAUCGCCGUGAACGGAGACGGAGAGGAGGGGGAGGAUGAUCUGAGGAGGAAAAUCUAUGUGACCAAGAAGAUGAUUGAGGUGCUCUUCGGUAUGGUCACCCUCAGCGGUAGCCUGAUCAGGAGAGAGCUGCGUCCUCAAGACACGAAGCAAAGGGCUCAUCUAUGGAAACAUCUCCAGAGCCUGCUAGACACCUACAACCACCUCAGGGAGAACGACCAGAGCUUCUUAGUGGAGGCGGUGGAGAGGCUGAUCCACCCCACGCUGUGCGAGCAGUGCAUCGAGUUCCUGGAGCGCCGUUUAGUUCAGCAGCUCAACAGCAGCGUGGAACGGGCGGGUGAGGAGGUGCAGCACGCUUUCAUCCUGGUGCACACCAAACUACUGGCCUUCUACUCCAGCCGCACUGCGAGCACGCUCGCCACUUCAGACCUCUUGGUCCUCAUCAUCAUGGCCCAAAACAUGUAUCCUAGCAACAUGGACCAAGAUGACCACACUUCUGAGGAUGUCGAUAGUGCAAGCGGCUCAGGCCCAGAGAGCUUUUACACACCUCAGCCUUCCCCUACUGAUUCCAGCAGUUCAGAAAAACAAGCAAGAGAAGAUACGACGGUGUUUGAGUUUGUGGAUCCGGACAUUCACAUGGCAGAAGACAGCCUGCACACUUUGGAUGUCCCUCCACCUGACCCGUCCACGCCCCACAGGGUGUUUCUCGAAGUGUCCCACAAGGAUGGGCUGUAUCCCAUGAUGCCUCACUCCAUGUACUGUCUGCCACUGUGGCCCGGCAUAACGCUGGUGCUACUCACUAAGGUUUGUACUCAAGGCACAGCUGCCUCCCAUCCGCGUUUGACUUUAAACUCACGCGAUCUCCGUUCCACCCAAUCCAAUCAGAUUCCCACCAGUGCAGUGGCGGCGUCCGUCUACAUGUUCCUGGAGGCCUUCGCCAAGCUGGAGAAGCGUUUGAGCGAAGGCCAGGAAGGGUCGUCUGCUACUAGAAGUCAACCAACGAUCCACGACAUCCGAAGCAAACUGGACAAGUUCAUCAAAGUUCUGGGGCCCAGCGACAUUCAAUCUGCACAGUUACAAAAUGUCUGGAGCGAAUUCAAGAACCGAGCCUUUUCCCGAGGUGGACCUGGCUUCAGCACAGAUCUCAUCCCGUGGUGUAAGAGCAUGAAGACCCAGCUGUGUGGCAUUUACCGCCAGUGCUUCCUCAUUGACUCCGGACCGGCCGACGUUCCUCGGAAACUCUCGCCCACUCUGCAAGAGCGAGCGCAGACGAUGCUGCAGGAAAAGCUGAUCGACUGGAAGGACUUCUUGCUCGUGAAAAGCAAGAGAAACAUUACCAUGGUGUCGUACCUGGAGGACUUCCCGGGACUCAUCCACUUCAUCUGCGUGGAUCGAUCCACGGGCCAGAUGAUAGCGCCUUCCCUCAAUGUCACUGAGCGCACAACAUCGGAGCUGGGCAAAGGGCCGGUCGCUCAGUUAAUCAAAAACAAGGUUUGGAGGCUGGUGAGCACAACGCGGCGCUACCUCCAAAAGGGUUACUCCACUGUCACGCUACGAGACGGCGACUUCUAUUUCUGCUACUUCCUCUGGUUUGAAAAUGAAACCGGCUACAAAUUGGAGGCGGUGGAAAUGCCCGUCCUAUCCGAUGACUCCGCCCCUAUCGGGAUGCUUGCCUGGGACUACUACAGGAAGUUACUGCGCUACUACAGUAAGAGCCACCAGGGCGAGGUGGUGAAGUGCUACGAGCUGCUCACAGUGCACCUGGGCGUCAUCCCCACUGACAUCAUCUUGCAGCACUGCCGACAGUUGGCCAGCAAACUGUGGGAGCCCUCGCGCAACCCACUCCUCUAGACCCUCGGCUAAAAGCACGGGCACACUGUAUGACGAACCCUUUGUUGUUUUGCACAUUUGAAGAUUUUAUGAGUACACCUUCAUGACACUUUCCUUUUUUUCUGCCACCAACUGCUUGCAUAAAUAAUUUGACCGUAUUUUAUUUCUAUUGUUGUGGAUGAAAAACGCAAUACCUACCCCGAUGCUAACACAAUGUGAACACAUCAAAAGAGCUAAUUAAAUUAGCGUCGAUGUUGCGCUAAUAAUUAAAGUUUAAGCAACUUCUACUGGUAGCAACACAAAUAGAAAAUGAUUAAUAUGCAGUAUCUGCGUGUAGUAUGACUAUGUACUGUACUGCCCCCUGGUGGCCAAGUCCCACAUUUCCGAAUGAGUAGCACAAUGCCCAUUGAAUGAACUGCCAAGAGUUAAAUUCUUCGCAUUCUAU